AUGACGCGACGCUUAUUGCGCCGCUUACCAGAGAUUGGUGGUGCCUUAGUUUCUGCGUAUGGUAGGUCUGGCAUGCCACGUUCCGUGGUGGCAUGUCAUAUGACCAUGGGUUUAGCGUCAGGCGACUUGGGCUUUACUCCAAGUGGUUAG